AGAUGCGAUUGACUUGUUGCGCAAUGACAACAACUACCUACAUGUGUAGAAGGCACUGCUAGACCGAACAGAAGGAAGCAAAAUUAAAACAUUAAACUUCAAGUUAUGACUCUGUUUCGUUGCCGUAGAUACAAGUGCAAGAACGAUCUGUUACCUAAACUUCAAGGGUCAAGAGUUCUUCUCAACUCUUUCUACCCAACUUUACUUUACCUUUUCCACAUUCUAGUUACUCAAAUCAAACAUCAGAGAACCUAUCAACUCUACAUAACUAUCCGAGCAACAUACCAUAUCUCGAACCUAUUCUACAUUAUACAUUACUACAGGGAUUGCCGUCCUUUCAACACCCACGGAGUCCACUAUACACUCCACCUCCCCUAACUUCACCAUUCCGGGCCACCCCACCGGGAAUUCCAAGUAAGCGUUUAAUAUUUUCGAAAUAUCCCGAAUACCUUCCAAAUAUCCAUAUACGAAUUGAUAUUGGGUUAAGCCGGAACAGGGCAGCCAAUUGGAGGCAACCGGGGCGGGGAAGUGAGAGUGGGUGGAUGUAGAGGACCGGGUGUUGGUGGCAGAAACAGUUCAACGGUGCCUGGCAAUGCGUGAAAG